AUGGAGUUAACCCCUUCAACCUCCAACAUCCCCAGCCUGUCAUGGAAUGCCGCCCCCCAAGAGCCCCAGGCCCUCGUCAAGGAGCCAAGCGGCCUCUUUGACACCAUAUCCAUCAUCUCCUCCAGACGGUCGACCGAUAUCCCCUCUUCGACCUUCUUCAGAGGCAAACGCAUCAUCCUCCUAGCGCUUGGCCUUGGCCUCUCCGCUACACUGGUCCUGGUUGGAGCAUCGUUGCAAAUAUUUGUUACCCACGACUUUACGCAGCAAGGGAGCUACAUUAUCACUUCGGCGCCUCUAGGCUCCAUUGUCGCAUUCACAUUGGUGUUGUCUGUGUUGUUCAUUCUGACUGUCCCGUGUCUCUUGAACCUCCUCGGAUACAGUCUCGCAUGGUCAUGGCUCAAGUCUUCUCUCCACCAUGGCCCGAAUCGACCCACUCCUUAUCAGCUUGGUGUGGUUAUGGAUAUUCUUCAUGGAGGUCAUCUUCCAUCGCUUUGGUCCGCCGUUGGUUACAUUCACAGCCUGGGAAAAGACAAGCGCAGACCCCCGAUAAUCAAACGAGCGGUCACUUUCCUUGCCAUAGCACUCUUCCUCUCCUACAGCUUCUUCCUUGUGGCUAUCGCAUUCAGUCUUUCAUCUACGCCGCUUUCUUUCGUCGAGCUCAGCUCAUAUUCCGGGACAUGGCCUCGACUUUCUCGACAGAUCAACUCCACGAUGUGUGCAACGACAAGUGGUGCUGUCGCCUUGGGUAUAAAUCUUUGUGGUCUUCAGUCCGCUGCGAGCACCUACCCCUUCGCCGAUUCUCUGCCCGAGGGAUUGAGGACUCUCACCAACAACUCCGCCAAUAAUGCUGUCGCGUUUGGGAACGAUGGUACUGCUUUCCUCGUACCUGCAAACAUCCCUGACGAUGUUGCUUACUACGGAACCUCCAACGGCGUUUUGGCUGAUUGUCAGAGUGUGACUCCGGAAUGUCUAGUCACUACGCCCUCGCGAUCCCCUCUCUCGCUCAAGUGUCCUUCAUCCGUCGGCUUCAAUGCAUCUCUUAACACGGCCACAAACCAAUAUUCAUUCGGCAUUCUUGACGCGUCUGGCAAUCCAAUGAAGAACCCCUACAAUGUCUCAACAAAUCCUUUCCAAUUCGGUGCUGUUGUGCAGUCGCAGGCGUACGCCUCUGCCGACCAGACUUAUGUCGGCUACACGGGUUUCUUCACCCAUGGUACCUCUGCCUACAACGUGCUCACAUGCAGCGUUUUCGUCCGAAGUUUUGGCUACACAUACUUCAAUGGGAGCUUCACCGUCGAUCCAUCCAACAGCUAUGUCGUCACUAACCUCGACAUUGUCCGUGGCAUCGGUGCAAUGACCGCUGCUGCCUCCCUCUCGGACCGUGUUCCCGCUGCCAUCGAAGGAGCCGGACUUAAUGCGUCUACAAAUGCUGAGUAUGCUGAUGCAUUCUCGAGAGAGCUUUCCCGCGAACUUAUCGCCUUUACAUCGGUCCUAUACGAAUCCGCCCCUCCACAUGACGUCCAACAAGUCCGUCGCGUUCUGGGCACGCGUCUCUCGCUCCCCUUCCUCGUCACCCUUCUUCUCUGGACGGCAGCUUACUGCCUGCUGGUCCUUGUUCUCGCCAUCAAAGCCAUCUCUGCUACCUACUCAUCGCCAUACACCCUUCUUGCCGCCCAGCGUCUACGCUCUCCACUCACAGCUAUCCAUGCUGCGUAUGGGCGUUCUGAGGCCCAUCGCACGUGGGAAAGCUCGCCAACCAAGCUGUUUAGCGCGGAAGCGGACGCAGACCGGCUCAGUAUUGGGCCAACGGCGGCGAGUGGAGGCGGUCUAGCAUUUGCCGUUACGCGGAUUGGUGCAGGGGCGGCUUGA